AAAAUCUCCAUAAAUCCCAGCUGACUUGGGUAUUUUUCUUAUUUGGGAAUUUCCCACAGCAUUUUGAUUUUAAGUCAAAAUACUAAAAAUUAUCUUAACAGUUUUGGCCAAACCCUUUACAGUUUGGCAUUUACAAUUUUUAACAUUCACAGUUUUGGCAACCACAUUUUGGUGGUAACAAAUGGGAGGUCCUAGGUUCAAGUCUGACCUCAGAUACUUCCUAGCUGUGUGACCUUAGGCAAGUCACUUAACCACCAUUGCUCAAUGUAAGGUGUUUUUUUUUUUUUGUUUUAAACGAAUUUUCAUUUUCUUUCAGAAAAGCGGAAAUUCUUAGUUUGAACAAAUACUUUAAGACAUGUCCCCUUAAAAGUCUUCUUUGAACUUCUGUGUAGUAGAAAGUGCUUCAUAUUCUACUCCCAUUUCUUAGCAAAAUCUUAAAAUGCCUGCAAUGUAGAGAUCUGCGUCUGAUAAAGUUGAUGACUUUAAUGGAUGUCAAUAAAACUUUAUUUCAAGGUUGUUGGAAGGAUCUUUGUUUCUAGUGAAUAUCUGUGUAAAAAUUAACAAGUAGCAGUGUAAGCAAUUAUAAGCACCUUCUUUUAUCACUAACGUAGCAAAACCAGAUUUAACUCCAAAUAUUUGCAGGAAAUCCAUUUGUGCAAAUAAUAGCAAUCUUAUCUUUUGUUCGAUUAAUUGACUUAGAAUGUUUUUCCAUGGUUACAUGAUUCAUGUUCUUUCCCUCCCCUCCCCUCAUUCCCUCCUAUAGCCAACACCCAUGUUGGUUUUCCAUGUGUCAUUGAUCAAGACCUAUUUCCAUAUUAUUAAUAUCUGCACUAGAGUGAUCAUUUAAAGUCUACAUCUCCAAUCAUAUUCCAUCGACCCAUGUGAUCAAGCAGUUGUUUUUCUUCUGUUUCUACCCCCACAGUUCUUUCUCUGGAUAUGGAUAGCAUCUUUCUCAUGAGUCCCUCAGAAAUGUCCUGGAUCACUGCAUUGCUGCUAGUAGAGAAAUUUCCUGUGUUUUCAUUUGAAAGAUUCUACCCAUCAGGAGUGCCCUGAAGUCCUCUAUUCUGCCCAAGAUCCAUUUUUUAUCUUGUAGGAUUAACUGUGUUUUAUAGGAAUACAAUUGCUUUUGAUUUAAGAUGAUUUGAUGCCUUAUAAUAAAAGCUUCAUUAACCAUGAUGGCUACACAGACAUUAAAUAUAGACAGCUAUCAAGAUGGUCAACAAAUGCAAGUAGUAACAGAAUUUAAAACCGAACGAGAGCCAAACUGUUCUGACCCUGAUGCAGAAGGAGUGAGUCCUGCUGCUGUGGAAUCCCAGACACCAAUGGAUGCAGAUAAGCAGGCCAUUUAUAGACAUCCGCUCUUCCCAUUAUUAGCACUGUUGUUUGAAAAAUGUGAACAAUCUACGCAAGGCUCAGAGGGCACAACUUCUGCCAGUUUUGAUGUAGAUAUUGAAAAUUUUGUGAGGAAGCAAGAAAAGGAGGGAAAACCAUUUUUUUGUGAAGAUCCAGAAACUGAUAAUUUGAUGGUCAAAGCAAUACAGGUUCUGCGAAUACAUCUACUCGAGCUUGAAAAGGUGAAUGAACUCUGCAAAGAUUUCUGCAGUCGCUAUAUUGCUUGUCUGAAAACUAAAAUGAACAGUGAAACUCUGUUGAGUGGAGAGCCAGGAAGUCCUUAUUCCCCUGUACAGCCCCAGCAAAUUCAAAGUGCCAUCACAGGUACACUCAGUCCCCAAGGGAUAGUGGUGCCAGCAUCAGCAUUGCAACAGGGAAAUGUAACUAUGGCAACAGUGGCAGGUGGCACCGUCUAUCAGCCCGUCACAGUGGUCACUCCGCAAGGCCAGGUUGUGACGCAGGCCUUGUCACCUGGAACCAUUAGGAUCCAGAACUCACAGCUUCAGUUACAGUUAAACCAAGAUCUCAGCAUCUUGCAUCAAGAAGAUGGCUCAUCCAAGAACAAAAGAGGAGUUCUGCCAAAACAUGCUACAAAUGUUAUGAGAUCGUGGCUCUUUCAGCAUAUAGGGCAUCCCUAUCCAACAGAAGACGAGAAAAAGCAGAUCGCUGCUCAGACCAACCUGACGCUCCUCCAAGUAAACAACUGGUUUAUCAAUGCCAGAAGACGAAUUCUCCAGCCAAUGUUGGAUUCCAGCUGCUCAGAAACUCCAAAAACAAAGAAAAAAACAGCUCAGAAUAGACCAGUUCAGAGAUUUUGGCCUGACUCUAUUGCAUCAGGGGUUGCUCAACAGCCACCUAAUGAACUUACUAUGUCAGAAGGAUUAAUUUGCAACAGGAUUAAAGAAGAGAGGGAGGAAGAAUUGAUGUGGCAGAAAGAUCAUUGUAGGGCUGAUAUUUAUAGCGUGGAGCACUUGGAGGAAGGGCAGGUGAAGGCCAAGCUAGAGAACUCUGACGAACAGAGGCAGCCCUACGACAUCCAGGUCCUGAGGAGCGUAAGGAAAGAAGACAAUAGCAAAAGAGGAGCUGUGGUGACCAUCACGACCCCCGUGAACAUGAACGUGGACAGCCUCCAGUCCCUGUCGUCCGACGGCGCUACGUUGGCGGUGCAGCAAGUCAUGAUGGGGGCCCAGAGCGAGGACGAGUCUGUGGACAGUGCCGAGGAGGACGGCGGGGAGCUGGCGGCCACCAACAUCAGCGGCCUGGUUCUGGACAACAGCGACUCUCUGCAGUAGGGGGGAGAAGCGCCCCAAGGCGGGGAAUGGACUCGACGGACUCUUUCUAGUUUGCACAGCAAACGUUUUACACAAGUUUUAUUUCUAAUGUUUUAUAUGUAGAUAUAGAAGGGUGCACUUUUUGUAUUUCCUAGUAAGCUUAAACAGUCUUUGCAGGUACAGCAACUUCUUUCAAUGUGUGUGUGGUUUUUUGUUUGUUUGGGGGGUUGGAUUUUUCUUUAAAGGUUUAACUCUAAUAUAAUGAAUGACAAACAUCCCUUGAGUCCCUUUAUGAUAUCAAUGAAAAGUGCUACCAUUUUCUAAAGAAUUAUGCUGUUUUAAUUUUUCUGUACUUUAAAGUAGAUCUCUGUGGGCUCAUUUAAAUCUACAGCCAGUACAUUUGGAUGAUUAUUUUAGGCCCAUCUAUUUAGAAGAAGCUUUUGCACCUUAAAACUGCCAGUAGGAGGUGAACGGCAACACACCAACAUAAAAGACGUAGGAUUAAGUUGUGAUUGUACGGCAUGUGAGCUAAGCUUAAUUUCUCUCAUUCAGCGAGCCUGUUUCAUUUGUUAUUUUUUUAAAAAAGGAAAAGAACUCCUAUUUUUACUUUGCUGGAAUUACUGGAUAAAAGCUAUUUUUAUAAAUUGAUUACUAAUUGGGAUUAUGAUUAUAGUGAACACAAUUUCUAGAGAACAAUAGCUAUUUAGUAGUUCCAAGUGGAAGUGUCUAAACUUGACCAAAUUGAACGAAUGUGCCGAGAGUUAGUACUCCCCAGUCUUCAGAAUCGAUCUCCGAGCCAUCCCACAAUCCUCAUUUACUCAGAGUGAUGACGUAAGAAACGCCAUAUCUUGAGAUGACUUUAUACAGCCAGACUCAUUUCACAGUCGAUCCAAACUCCUCUGGCCCCGGUAAUCGAUCUUAAACAACUGAGUGUCCACAUUUUUUCUCAUUUAGAUAUUUUGAUUCGUUUUUUACCCCACGAACCAUGUUGUUUUUUGGAGCUUAACAGCCAGACGGCGCUAUGCACAACGCAACAUUCUGGAGACGUUCAGGACCCUGGACAGAGAGCAGACAAUCUUCCGCAAGCCAUUGAACCCUUUCGUUGUAAUGAUGGUUUGAUUACAGUGUUUCCCUCCGGCCAUCUCCGCUCUUCGGUGGUUUUUCCUGUUCAGUUGUUCAGUUUUGAUCCUGAGAGUUAAUAUUUCUUCCUGUGCUGUUGAAGCAGGACUUCGGAGACUGUCGACCAUUUUGAAGUCCAGAAGUCAUUCCCCCUCUGACGUUCUUCCACGGCUUGGGAAUACCAGGAGAGCUUCUGACUCCCGAGUGAAAAGAAAAUAUAUGCUCCUUCUUUUUUCUCCCCACACCAGCUUGAUUUGCUUGUGUGCGAGGUUAAAUGGCUUGGGAGCGUCUCCGUUAGAGCCCGUUGGGCAUUGAACGACCAUGUAAUGAAGUGGGGUUUGUCCAUGAAAAUGGGUUUUCCUGGCACCAUUUCCACCCAAUGGAAAUUAAACAUAAAUUAAUCUUCAGUAUAUUAUUGCAUACAUUUAGUCUUCUAAAGAGAAAUUGUUUAUUUGAAAGACUUUCAAAAAUGACUUAGAAAUGACUUAGCUACUCAGCAAGGGAAAUAAUACAUUUUUUAAAAGCAGGGAUUAUUUUCUUGUCAAUUUUUAAAAGAAAAUUAAAUACAUGUAACAGGUGAAAACUCAUUUAUCAACUUGGUUUCACUCUUCCCUUGCCUAGGCUACUUUUUUUAACCAGAAAGGGGCACUGUUUCUUCCCUUUUCAAAUUAUUCCUAGUAUCCUUAUGAGUUUUUCAUUUCAGAUGAACAGUUUUGUAUUGGUUUAAUUUAAUUAUUCCAGUAAUUUGGAAAUCAUGUUAAAUUUACUAUAUUCAAUAGAUUAUGACUUAAGGAUCCUCUUUUUGCUUUAUUUGAGUGCCAAACUACAGUAGUUUGGAGAAUGUAAAGUUAUUUUCAUUUUGCAAAUUGAGAAUCAGAGUUCCAUAAACUUCAAUAAUUUGAACAGUGAUUCAGGCCUAAGUGAAUUGCAUGGUUUUUUCUCCUUUGCCUCUUUUUAGGUAUUUGAAAUUGUAUCCCUUCAAACUAAAAUCCUUAAUUACCAUUUAAGAAGAAUAGGCAAAAGAUAAAUUUAGGUUUGGGUGGGGAACAUGCCAUAAAAAACCUUCAAUCAUCAUUACUAAUAGGGUACAGGCACUUGUUUGAUGUCAUUUUGAUGGAUGAACCAUUUUUGGUUUUCCCUCAGUAAAAUCACCAAUCAUCACUUUUCCCUUCCAUCCAUUCCACAUAUCGAAGAGCAUCUCUGAGAUGUACUUUUCAAAUGAACAAAUUGAGUCCCAAACUCUGUUUUUUCUGAGUUCUUUCCCUUAGGAGGAGCCUUCCAGAUGUGUUUUGCAGUCUGACUUCUUGCAUUUUGUUAUUGAUGUUGUUGUUCCUGUUGUUCCCUCAUAGAUCAGAUAAGUUAGGUUGGCUUUGCCGAACCCCCAAAAACUUAUUACUGCUGGACUUGCUCAACUGCUUCAGUGUUUUGGGGAUUUUCCCCCAAGUGGUGAAAGAAAUUCCUCCUUUUUAUCCAGUGCGUGAACUAAGCUGGGAAAGAGCACAAGUAUGCUGUUCAGACAGACUACCAGCCACUGUUAGUCACUGUUGCGUGAAAGCAAGCAGACCGCCUUCUUUCUUAGGGAUUCGUUCCUUGUCAUCUGUUCAGUGAGCUUUGUCUCUAACCUGUGUGAGACCGUGAAUAGGGCACUUUUCCUUGGUACACAGAUCUAGACCUCAUCCAAUCUCUGGCAGAACGUGACGAAAAUAUUCCGGCAAUCUUUCUUUGUUUCGAAGUAUAUUUGGUCUAUGAAACUGACAAUCUUUAAAAUGUGAAUAUGUAACAUUAAGGUUUUCUUGGAUUGUUGUCUUUAAAAAGGAUUUUUGUGAAGCGACUGAUUUAUCAAAGAAAAUAAUUAAAAAGAGAAAUAUGCUCUGUG